AUGGCAAAUACUUUUUUUAGUUAUUAUUAUUAAUUUAAUUAAUUUCAUAUCAGAAUGAAACAGAAUUUGGGAUUCUUGAAAAAUAAAACUCAUACUCUAAACUCUUAUAAAGAAAAUCUAAGAUUGAAAACUAAUAAAUUUAAAGGUCUUAAUCAAUCUAACCCAUUAAGUAAUUUUUUUAAAUUGAUAUUCAUAAGAACAAAACUCUUUAUUACAAAAUUCUUAAAAUAACUCUGCAGUAUCUACAGAUGCCAAUAUUUCAAUAGAAUUGUAAUCAUCCACCUUUGGACUUUCAGCUGAAUGGGCCUAGGACUAUUAUCACACAAUCGAAAAUAUAAGACAAAUUAAGGAAUUAAGUACUAGAUAUUAUUAUUUUAUAUUAGUUAAAGAAUUAUAAAUUUUGGGUAUUAAAAGAAUUAAGAUGUAAUUUGAUGAUACUAGUCGUAUCGAAAAAUUAAUUUAUGAAAAAAACUAAAUAGCUACAACAGUAAAUUUUUAUUAUAUCUUUAAGAAAAUUCUUGAAUGUGAAAAGAACACUUAAAAGAUUUAAAAGUAUCAAAGCCCAUUAGAAUCUCAUAGUGAAAAAAGAAGUAAAAAUACAAUAUUAUCAUUUAAGUAAGAGAAAAUAUCUCCAUUGCUUUAUCUUAAUAAAUAUCAGAAACAGCAGGUCUCUUGAGAAAUUAAUAGAAAAGAAUGGUAACCAUGAUAAAAUGCAUAUCCAUAGAUCAAAAUAGUAAGUGUUAUUAAUUAUUUUAUAGAACAUUUUUUAAAUAAAAAAGAGGAAAAAUAAAUAGAAUUUAAGGAGAAUAAUAAUUUAACUUUAUAAGAAGAAGAGCUUUAUGAUUAAAUUCAAUAAGAUAAGUAUAUAACUAUUAAUAAUGAAAAUAGUGAUUAAGAGAUAAAUAAAUUAGUUUAGAUGAUUAAUGAGUUAGCUUAAGUUUUCUAAUCUCUGAAUUAACUAGUUUUAGAUCAAGGUCAUCUUUUGGAUAGGAUUGAUUAAAAUAUAGAUUAAGCAUAUAAAAAUAUAAAAAAGGCUAAUUGCGAACUAAAGAAUGUAAUAUUUAAAAGUCUAUCUUAGAGUGAAGAAUCUCAAAAUUCUCCAUUAGCAAAUAAAUGUAUAAAUACAUUAAUAGUGUCUAUUUUUAUUUGUUGUUUACUGUUAGUAAUUAAAUAUUCAAGUUGA